CAAACUUCCCAUAGCCUUUGUCGCCAGAAGUAGAUAUGAAGUUGCGUCUUCUUGCUUUUGUAGCCACCUCCCUUUCGCUUUGCUCGCUCACGACCAGCUUCUCGUCGAUCCAUAGUUCUUUCGUUUCUACUGCGCUUUUUGCAGCCCCCGAAACAAGUACCAUGCCCGAAGUAUCGGUGGGUGACACCAUUCCUGACGUAACUUUAACUGAACUUUCCAGUGGCGAAGACAAGCCUGUGGACGUAAAGAUUGUCGAUCUUAUCGCUGGUAAGAAAGUUGCAAUCUUUGGAGUUCCGGGCGCCUUCACCCCCGGAUGCAGCAAAUCGCACCUUCCCUCUUUUAUGGAAGCUCAGGAGGAACUCAAGGGGAGAGGCGUCGAUAUGACUAUUUGCGUUGCUACGAAUGACGCUUACACUAUGGAGGCGUGGGGGCGUACGUCCGGAGGUUCGGAUGUAGGUAUCCGUUUCCUGGCCGACAACUCUGGUACCCUGACGAAAGAACUGGGUCUGGUCAUGGAGACUCCGGUUGGUAUCCGCACCAAGCGAUUCUCUCUUAUCGCUGAAGACGGAAAGGUAACAAAGUAUUUUAGCUCGGCCAAGGAUAGCUCCGAUACUUGGGCUCCGAAUGUCUUGUCCGCUCUCUAAAGAGAGGAGAGAAAAUAGACAGCGGAAUCCUUGAAGGAAAGGAUUCUCCUCUGACGGUAGUCUCAGAGUGACGACUGAUUCGCAACCGUCGGUUGCGUUUUUUCCUUUGUUAUGAAAAUGCAGUUGCCGUUUCACUUUGGCACUGAAGACAUAGGUAAAAGUAAAGAUGUGAGCAAUUUAUUUUAUGUUA